GCAAAAGAAAAAGUUAUGUAUGAAAAAGAAGCAAAACAGCAAGAAGAAAAGAUUGAAAAAAUGAAAGCUGAAGCAUGUGAUGAUUAUGGAAUUAAGAAGCAGAUUGAGAUCUUACAAGAGUCACGAAUGAUGAUUCCAGACUGCCAGCGCAGAUUAGAAGUUGCACAUGCAGAUCUUACUCAACUACUAGAAAAUGAAAAAGAAUUGGAAGAAGCCGAAGAGUAUAAAGAAGCACGUUCCAUACUGGAGUCAGUGAAGCUGGAAGCCUAGAAGUUUUUCAGUUCUCUCUUUAUAUGCAUCAGCACUGGGUCCAUUCCACAGUUUCAUUUGACUACGGCUCUAUUACUAUUGUUGACUUGCUAAGUUUCCCAUUAUGCAAACUGGCCUUUCUCUAACUGCAAAAUGCAUCAAAUAAUGGAUGUUCUGACACAUCUGUGUGUUCUAUGUUCAGGCAAAACAGAAACAUUUCCAGUUCACCU